AUGAGCCUAAAUAGGGAUAUAAAUAAGAUUUCUAAUGAUAUUAAUUGUUUAAAGGAUUUGAAUAAAUAUGAAAAGAGUUCUACAAGACUUAUUAUUAAGAAUUUACCGGGUUAUUUAACAGAAAAGAGAUUAAGAGAGCAUUUUUCUUCUAUAAAUUGUACUAUAACAGAUGUAAGAAUUGCUAAGAAAUAUUCAAAGGAUCCAAAGAAGAUAAAUUUAAGUAGAAGAUUUGGUUUUGUUGGAUUUCUAAAUACAGAAGAUGCUAAGAAGGCAUUAGAAUAUUUUAAUGGGACAUUUAUUAAUACAUCACGUAUUACAGUUGAAUUUGCAUUACCUCCUGGUUCAUCUGAUAUUCCAAUCCCAAAAAGUAGAUAUUCACAAAGAAAAUUAUUAAAUAUGGAGGAUAAUAAGAACAAUACAAAAGAAAUAGGAAACAAAAAUGAAUCAAUGAAUUUUAUAAUAAAUAAAAGUUUAGAUGAUAGAGAAUUUACACAAUUAUUGAGAGUAAAGAAUAAUAAUCGUAGUUGGUUAGAUAGUGUAGAUAUUCCAAAUAAUAAUAUACAAAACAAGAAAGGUACAGAUAAUUAUAUUACAGAAAUAAUAGAUGUUAAACCAACAAAAUGUGGUGUAAAUACAGUAAGAAAGCAUACAAUAUUUUUUGAUGAAUCUACAGAUGAUGAUAGUACUGGGAUAGAAGAAUUAGAUAGAUCUGAAGGAAAUAAUAUAGAUGACAAAGAAUGGAUUAAAUUACAUACUAUUGAUGAUAAUAAUAAUAAAGAUGAAGAUAAAAAAUUAAAUGAUGAAUUAGAUUUAGAUAAUAUAGAUGAACAAAAUAAGAUGAAUAUUGAAAAUAAAAUAGAUAAUGGUGAUUCUUUAUCAAGUGGACGUUUAAUGGUUUUAAAUUUUCCCUAUUCAACAUCAGAAGAAGACUUAAUAGAAUACUUUAGUACUUGGGGAGAAGUAAAAAGUACUCAUAUUGUUAAAUCAGAAAGAACAGGGAUUUCUAAAGGUUGUGGUUUUGUACAGUUUGCUUUUCCUGAACAUGCAGUACGGGCACUAUCAGAAUCUCAUAUGUCUCUUUUUCAAGGUCGGAUAAUACGUGUAAGUCCUGCUUUAGAAUAUCAACCAAAGUAUUUAAAUCAAGAUAAAAUAAAUCAUAAAAAUAUUGGUGUCCUUAGUAGUUAUAAAAGGAAAGCUAUAUUAAAGAAGAAAGAGCAAGCAGAAGAUGAACAUACAUGGAAUCUUUUAUAUGUUAGUGCAAACUCAGCAAUAGAUGCUAUUACAGAUAAUAUGAAUAUUGAAAAACAUGAUUUAGUUAAUGUAGAAUCAAGUGAUUUGGCUGUAAGAGUUGCUUUGGCAGAAACAAGUGUAAUUUCAGCUACAAAAGAAUGGUUACGUAAAGAGGGUAUUGCUGUUAAGACAUUUGAAGCAAAAGGGACAGAUCUUUACAAUUCUAAAUUAGUUUUUGACAAUAAAGAUAGAAAUAUUAUUCGUAGUAGUGAUACAAUAAUUUUAAAACAUCUUCCUUCAGAAUAUACUACUAUUGAUGAUCUUCAAAAAAUUUGCAGUCCUUAUGGAAGUAUAAAUCGUCUUUGUUUGAGUCCAAGUAGGACUAUAGCAAUUGUACAAUAUUUAGAAGAUUCAUCUGCUACUAUUGCAUUUAAAAAAUUGGCAUUUCGUCGUUUUAAAAAUGCUCCUCUAUAUUUAGAAUGGGCACCUAUAAAUAUAUUUUUAACUAAUCAUGAUACUGAGGACUUUAAUAAGCCUGAAGUCCCAACAACAGAACUAGAAGAUACGACUUGUAUUUUUAUAAAAGGUUUAAAUUUUAAGACUAGUGAAGAUUGUUUACUUAAAAUAUUUGGAAAUAUUAAUGGAUUUAGAAAAUCAACUAUUAUAAAAAAAACUGUUAACAAGGAUGAUAAUCAAAUAAAAUUAUCUAUGGGAUAUGGAUUUUUAGAAUUUGAUACUAUAGAAAAUGCAAGGGAAUGUAUUAAGAAGAUGCAGGGGACUGUAAUAGAUGAUCAUAUUAUUCAAUUAAGUAUGUCAAAACGAGAUUCAAAGCCUAAAUUAAAUGGUAUAGUUAAUUUAGACCCAAAUAUUAUUAAGAAGACAUCAAAGAUCUCAAAUAAGUUAUUAAUAAAAAAUUUACCUUUUCAAGCCUCGAAAAAUGAUGUAAAAAAUUUAUUUGGAGCUAUUGGCUCUGUUGUAUCUGUAAGAAUUCCAAAGAAAUAUGAUGGUACUAACAGAGGGUAUUGUUUUGUUGAGUUUUUAGGGAAGUUAGAAGCCCUUGCUGCACUUGAGCAAUUACAACAUUCACAUUUAUAUGGGAGACAUUUAAUAAUAGAAUUGGCUAAAGAUUCAGAUGAACAAAUUGAUUCAAUUGAUGAGAAUAAGGUAGGAUCUUUUAAUUUUUUUUUACUAUUAAUUUGA